AUGCGUCCGUCUCCGCUUCUUCGGAGCUUUAGCUCCAGAGCAACAGUGCUUCUCCCUCAUUCACAACGGCUACUCUUAUCGCGAGCUCCAAGGGCAGCAGCUAUGGAACGAAUUCCCAGAAGAACAAUUGCCAACUAUACACAUCCGCACCAUGCCUCUGCCAUCUCCGUCCUGCCUACCGCUGUGGACACCUCCUCGUCCGAUUUCCGUGAGAACGAACAGCAGAUGAAAGAGCUAGUCAGCAAGAUGUCCAAUCUACACGGUACAAUUGCACAAGGAGGACCACAGAAAGCAAAGGAUAAACACAUUGCCCGUGGGAAGAUGCUGCCGCGAGAUCGGGUUACGUCUCUGAUUGACCCUGGCACCUCGUUCUUGGAAUUAUCUCCUCUGGCAGGCCAUGAGAUGUAUGGAGAAGAUGUCCCUGCGGGAGGAAUAAUCACGGGAAUUGGAACCGUGGAGGGUGUCACCUGCAUGAUUGUGGCGAACGACAGCACCGUCAAGGGAGGGACAUAUUAUCCCAUCACGGUGAAGAAGCACCUACGCGCGCAAGCCAUCGCCCAAGAAAAUAAGCUCCCAUGUCUCUAUCUCGUUGAUUCCGGAGGCGCCAACCUACCCCACCAGGCCGACGUGUUCCCGGACAAAGAGCACUUCGGACGUAUUUUCUUCAACCAGGCGAGAAUGAGCUCGUUGGGUAUUCCUCAAAUAUCCGUCGUCAUGGGUCCGUGUACGGCAGGAGGUGCCUAUGUCCCAGCUAUGAGCGAUGAGACGAUUAUCGUUGAAAACCAAGGCACUAUCUUCCUGGCUGGACCUCCUUUGGUCAAAGCUGCGACGGGCGAAGAGGUCUCCGCAGAGGAUUUAGGAGGUGGCCAGCUUCACAGUUCUGUCUCGGGCGUGACGGAUUACUUGGCUGUCGACGACGCGCAUGCCAUUGUGUUGGCUCGUAGGUCGGUAGCCAACCUCAACUAUCCACAGACCAGCGUCCCGUCAGAGUUGGUCAAGGGAGCAUUAAUCAAAGAGCCACUCUAUGACCCUAACGAGCUCGAUGGUAUCGUCGGGACAAAUCUCCGUCGACAGAUUCCCGUUCACGAAGUAAUUGCCCGCAUCGUCGACGGAAGCGAGUUCGCAGAGUUCAAACGCGACUACGGCAGCACACUCAUUACUGGGUUUGCUCGAAUCUACGGACACCAAGUUGGCAUCGUCGCCAACAACGGUAUCCUCUUCUCCGAGUCAUCACUGAAAGGGGCCCAUUUCAUUGAACUCUGUGCUCAACGGAAGAUCCCCUUACUCUUUCUCCAGAAUAUCUCUGGUUUCAUGGUCGGUGCCGAUGCAGAAAAGGGUGGUAUCGCAAAGAACGGCGCCAAGUUGGUGACUGCAGUCGCCUGUGCCGAUGUUCCCAAGUUCACUGUUGUCUUUGGUUCGAGUGCAGGCGCUGGAAACUAUGGAAUGUGUGGCCGCGCCUACUCACCACGCCUCCUGUUCAUGUGGCCCAAUGCCAAAAUCGGCGUCAUGGGUUCCGAGCAACUAUCCGCCGUCAUGGAAGCCGUCGGACGCACCGCGGACCCGGAAUUGAAAUCACGUAUUGACCGUGAAUCGGAAGCGAUCUUCUCCUCAGCAAGGCUCUGGGAUGAUGGAGUCAUUCCUCCGGCGCAGACAAGGCGUGUGUUGGGAUUGAGUCUGGCGGCUGCACUGGGUGGUAGAGUUGAGGAUGUGCAGACGCGCUUUGGGGUUUUCCGGAUGUGA